AGAAAUUCCCCAUUUACCCUUCUGUUGGAUCAGAAAGUAACAAUUUGGUUUGGACUUUGGAGUCACUCAACUCAAUCCACCGUACAAAAGAAAAGCUCGCCGGAAAAAAGCCGCCGGAAUACCUCGUUGACCGCCAUAACAGUUAGAAAGUCCGCCACAAGUAGCGGAAUUUAUCAGUGGAGAAUCUGGAAUUUGAUGAGCAGAGAGUAGAGGGUUGAGUAGAAAGAAGCAUAGCAUCUUCCAAUGGAUUGGGAGGCUUAUCUCGAGGAACUAGACUGUCACUACUACUAGCUAAUGGAAAGUUAUUUUUAUUUUAGGUUUGGUUAAAUAUCUGCCAAACCUAUUCAGGAGCUUUUGGAGGAAGGCCGGGAAGGAAAGAAUCGUCUUUCUUAAGAUCAAAGCUUGAACAUCCCACACAGAUCGAAGAGCUUUGACAUUGUUAAUCAAGGAUCUAACCAUGCAAACAGCAUUUUAUAGCCAUCCCGUAUUCUGCUUCUCUUGCAGAAACUUAAGUACAAAUGCAAAGAGUAAUUCGGUUAAAAUUCGUGCACAUUAUCCCUCUCAACUAGACUCAAAAUUUGAAUUCAAUAGGAGGCCUCAUACUUAUAACUCUCACUUCAACAUUAAACCAAACAGAUUGUUUGUGCUCCCUAACACAAAUGAUGGCCACCCGACUGCUUCUACAGUGGACGAUGAAACAAACACAAAUCAUGCUCCUAAUGUUAUAUCGCCAAUGUUUCUCGACAAUUGGUCACCGCCAAGGUACCUAUGGAGAGGAUUAUCAGUUUUAAUCCUAGCAGGGCAGGUAGUUAUGAAGAUUUUAAAGGGAAAGGUUCAUUGGAGGAACACUCUUCAACAACUGGAGAGAGUUGGUCCAAAAUCGGUUGGAGUAUGUCUUUUAACCUCGGCUUUUGUUGGCAUGGCAUUCACAAUACAAUUCGUGAGAGAGUUCACUAGGUUAGGAUUGAAUAGAUCAGUAGGUGGUGUCUUAGCUCUUGCUUUCUCUAGGGAGCUAAGUCCAGUUGUUACAGCAAUAGUUGUUGCCGGACGCAUCGGAAGUGCUUUUGCAGCAGAAUUAGGAACUAUGCAGGUUUCUGAACAAAUUGACACAUUGAGAGUUCUCGGUUCAGACCCUGUCGAUUACCUAGUGACACCAAGAGUGAUUGCUUCUUGUAUUGCCUUACCUCUUUUGACCUUAUUGUGUUUCACAUUAGGGUUAGCGUCUAGCGCUCUUCUUGCGGAUGGUGUUUACGGAAUUAGCAUUAACAUUAUAUUGGAUUCGGCUCAACGAUCUCUCCGAGCAUGGGACAUUAUUAGUGCGAUGAUAAAGUCGGGGGCUUUUGGUGCUAUCAUAUCUAUAGUGAGCUGUGCUUGGGGAGUUACAACAAUGGGAGGUGCUAAAGGUGUUGGAGAAUCAACAACUUCAGCUGUUGUUAUUUCUCUUGUUGGCAUUUUCAUUGCUGAUUUUGCUCUUUCUUGUUGUUUCUUCCAAGGAGCUGGAGAUCAGUUAAAGAAUUGCAUGUAGCCACUUGAAUGUGUUUGCAAGUCUUGCUUGUAUGUACAAAAAGUGUUUGGUGUGUGACUUUUCUUCUUUUCAAAAUUUGCAUUUUUGUAUUAGUCUUGUUCUUCUCUUCCAUAGAAAGAUCAAUUGAAUAAAUAAACAAGAAUUGACAUUAAUUCAGUAUGUUGGUUGUGUUGUAAAUAAUAAUUACCCCACUUCAUUUCACUUUAGUGGAAUUUUGAUUUUACCUCUA